CACGCGAUCAUCCUCGAUUUACAUCGAGAUCGGACAACGCCAGGCACAAUACACUUCUUCGCCCCCUGUAUUCCUGUAACAUGGCUUACCCCAUCGACAAAAAAAGCGCCAACAAUUCCAAAAAGCCCUCCUCAAUACAUGGCUUCAUCUCCCCGCUCUUCCUGUCUGAUCCCACUCUGUACCGGCUCUCGUUUCAGUUAUCAGAAACAUACAAGGACCUAGCUGCCUCAUCCCUAGAGCAAUUCUUCCCUACUCCAGUCACACAUCUCCCCACAGGCAAAGAAACUGGCCGGUUUCUCGCUGUUUACGUGGGCAUGUUUUAUUUACAUGUUGGCUUUAUUGAGCUCCUGGGUGAGCCAGACAGUAAUCAUAGAUAUGCGGGAAGCAGUAACGGUGGGAGAAGGCGUCCCGACGAACGUGUCCGGCGGACGCUAGAAAAAGCGUGGCCGAUUGAAGAGAGGUUGAAGAUGGGGCAUGCGGCGGAUUUCUUCUCGUGGAUUGGCAAUUGUAUUGCUGAGGUCGUGCAGGAUAGUCUCAGGAACGAGAGCGAUAUUGACAAUGAUGGUGGUGUGGUGAGGGAAUUGGUGACGGGGAUAUCAUUUUGUUUCCCUAUCAUGCAGAAAUCUCUUGACGAAGCUAUCCUAAUGCCCACCGGCAAAGGAUUUGGUUUGGAAUCAGACCUAAAUCUCCGCCAAGCACUAUUAGAUGGAUACGAAUGCCACAUCCGCCCACUCACCCCAUCCUCCUCUGACAACGAGAACGAGGAUGACGACGAAGAAGCGCGCCAUCGGCAGCGAACGGCCAAACGCCGAAAGCACUUCUCAUUACCAAAACUCAAAAUCGCCGCCAUGACCAACGACACCGUAGCAACAUUCGCUUCAUUAGCGUACAGCAUCAAGUCCCUCCCUAACAGCCGCGUAGUCAUGGGCCUGAUGGUUGGCGCGGGAUGCAACUCCACUGUACCAAUGAAACUAUCCGAUUUACAUCCCUCAAAAACGGAAUUUAUACGCGCACAGGACCCCGCUGCGGCCGAGACACUGGUGAGUACGGAAUGGACGCUGCGCCGGUCUAGCAUGCCGUUUCUAAACAUGAAACUCAUGACGCACUGGGACGAGGAAGUGCAAUCGCGAUCUCAGCGACCCGGGUUCCAACCUCUGGAGUAUAUGGUGGGUGGGCGAUACGUAGGCGAAUUGGUCCGUAUCAUUGUUCUGGAAUACUUCACAUCCGUACUUCAUAUCGAGAAAGACGUGUUACCAUGGCGCUUGCUGGAAAUAGACGGCCUGACAACAGACUUUCUCUCUCUGAAUGUCGCUUCUGCCUCACCAUCCGGCCGCGACGACGAGUCUCUCGCAACCGAACUCACCCAACGCCUCCCAUCUACCAAGGGCUGGAUCUGGAAUUCCGAAAAGGCCGGGAUCCUACGAACAGUCGCGGCAGCCGUCCAAGCCCGCUCUACAGCAUUAAUCGCUGCUGCAACCGUCGGGUUGCUAUCGUGCGCGGGUGAAAUCCAUCUCACAAACCCCGAUAAAUUACCAGACUCCGACUCAUCCCCAAACCCGACGGACAUGGGCACCAGCUCAUCGCGGCAAGACUGGAAGAAUGGACCGGAAGAACUCGUCGUUGCGUUUUGCGGCGGCGUGAUUCAGAAUUAUCCGCAUUAUAAAGAGAAUAUUCAGCGACAGAUUGAUCGGUUGCUGGUACAUGGUGGACCACAGGAUGGAGGGAAGAGCAUAUUUUUGAGAGAAGUCAGUGAUGGUGGCAUUAUUGGCGUGGGUGUUUUGGCGGGGACGGUUAUGGGUGGAAUUGAGGGGAUUGUAGGGUCGAGUUUGCUGGGGAAAGAUGAUAGUAAGUAAGUCAUUACCUCAAAAGGUUAUAGCAAGAGGCGUUGUAUAUAUUUGAAACUUGGAUAUACUGCAUAUGGAUAGAUUGACUUUAAUAAAAAUGCAUUGUUGGAAUUCUCA